UUCCGACGGGUGCGGCCGCAUCCUGCGCGAGGAACCAAGCGACCCGAGGGGGGGAGCCGCUUGGGACGCGGCGCAAAAUCCCCUCUUCUUGGGAGACUCGGCUCUGUGUGAGUAGGAAAUGGCCUUGGCAGACCCCGCCGGUGGCAGUGCCCAACCCGGCUCAGACUUCCUGGAGAUUGUGGAGCUGAACGUUGGCGGUCAAGUCUACCUGACUCGCCGCAGCACUCUGCUGAGCGUCCCUAACUCGUUGCUCUGGGAGAUGUUUGCCCACAACGGUGCCCGGCCCUUGGCCCGCGACAGCAAGAACCGCGUCUUCAUCGACCGAGACGGUUUCCUCUUCCGCUACAUCCUCGACUACAUGAGAGACCGGUGCCUCGUGCUGCCGGAAAACUUCCCGGAGAGGGGCCGGCUGCGGCGCGAAGCCGAGUACUUCCAACUCCCUGAGCUGGCCCGGACAUUGGCGCCCAAAACCGGCCAGCAGGACUCAGACGAGGAGGGCCAAAGUGACUCCGAGGAUCUUUCCCCUGGGCCUGACGCCCCGGGAAUCUUGCCUGACGGACAAAGCACAAGGAUACCCGGCUUCAUCACCAUCGCCUACCGGGGCUCGUAUGCCCUGGGCCGGGAUGGCCAAGCAGACGCCAAAUUUCGCCGGGUGGCAAGGAUCACGGUCUGCGGCAAGACAGCACUGGCCAGGGAGGUCUUCGGUGAGGCGCUAAACGAGAGUCGGGACCCCGACCGGGCGCCGGGGCGCUACACGUCUCGCUACUACCUCAAGUUCACAUUCCUGGAGCAAGCCUUUGACCGGCUGGCCGGCGCCGGGUUCCAGAUGGUGGCCAGCAAUUCGACGGGGACCUGCACCGUCGAGCCGGCGGACGGCAAGAUCUGGACCUCGUACGCCGAAUACGUCUUCUACCGUCCUCCGGCUUGUCAGGAUUCCCAAAAGGUGUCAGGAGAACACCCCCAUUUCCCAGCCUCUGGCUCAGCGUGGCUCAGCUGCCUUCUGCAGCACCGGUGGGAACAGAGAAGGACGUCCGGAAAAGCCUCGCCUCUUCCUCUGAGCCCAUUUUGGACCUCCGGACAGAUGCAGCAUCCGUGCUUCCAGCGUCCACCAUCCCCACCAGCACCACACCAACCGCCCCGCCAACUGCCACGGAGCACCCCCCCACCGCCACCCUCAAAAGAUCCCCCGUGCUGCCAGCCGGGGCCACCACUGAACCGGCCCCACCAGACCUACCCCAGAGCUCCAAGGAGGCCGCCCAGGAGAGACCUUUCUCUUCCGCCAACUUCUCCCCCGACCCAGAUCCGGCUUUGCCCCCUCCUCCGGAUCAAGACCCCCUCCCGGAAACCAGGGGAUCUUGGGGGUCCUUGCCGUGGCCGGAGGCCCCUGAAGAGUGCGGCCCGCCCCGGCCCACCACCUUGGACUUCUCCAAGCCCCUCCAGAAGCUGGAGGAGGCGAAGCAGGUGGGCGUUGAGGAGAACGGGCUGGAGCGUGGCCCGCCGCCUCCCGGCGAAGAGAGGAAGGCUCUGCAGUUGGAGCUGGGCAAAUGCAUUGAGGACUUUCGGAGAAUCCGAGUGCCUGCCUCGUUCCCCAACAAAAAACGGGCGUGGCAAAGCGAGCUGCUCCAGAAAUACCAGCUCUGAGGGACUCUCGUGGAUCCAUCAAACGGAAGCAAUCAUCAAUGGACCGUACUAUAAAAUAAAGGAGACAGUUGUAGAUGAGAAAAAUAAAAAUGGAUUUCCCCCCCUGACCUGCAGUGGUGAUAGUCGUUGUUUGGAUGGGGGGCUUUGAUCCAUUUCCGCAGUAAUGCCAUCCAUCCAUUCGGAGCUGAACCGGGUUCCGCACAGUCGCGAAAACAAACCGAAAAAGCGGCAAACUGAAUCUGCUCCGGAAGUCUGUUUGACGUCCGAAAUGUUCAGAAGCCGAGACGCAGAUUCCAGUUGGCACAGGCACCCCAGAAAGGACCACCAACAGCUGCGUCGGACUUUCAGCUUCCAAAAAACGUCCAGAAACCAGAACACUUACUUCUGGGUUUUGGGCAUUUGGGAACCAGGGUGUUUGGGUACCAAGGCGCUUGGGAACCAGGGUGUUUGGGUACCAAGACAUUUGGAAACCAGGGCGUUUGCUACCAAGGCGUUUGGGUACCAAGGCAUUUGGGAACCAGGGUGUUUGGGAACCAAGACGUUUAGAAACCAGGGUGUUUGGGAACCAAGGUGUUUGGGAACCAGGGUGCUUGGGAACCAGGGCUGAUGCGGUCGAUGUUUGUUGGAAGUAUGAAGGUUAUCGUCUCUGGCAUGCAGAGCAUCCCUGGGUGUGUUCGCAGGAAUGCAUUUCGGAUUAAUUUGAUUUUCCGGUCCAUUGUGAUUCCCUCCAUGCUCCCGCCCCACAGCGCAUUGUCCCAGCAUGUUGGUUGUGGCCAAGACAGUCUGCCAAGGGAAAUGCUGUUGUUGUUGUACUGUUAAAGGCUGUAUUUUGCAGCUUCAUUGCUUUCCA